AUGAGUGAUGUCGAGGCAGUUUCCCUACCAGUUGCCCUGGAUGUCAGUCCCAAUGCCCUCGCCCCGGUGAAGGUGGACUCGGGACCUUCAUCGCCUGGGAAGCCUGUUCAACAACAACGACCCAGCGAUGAUAAACCGGUGGAAUCGGAGGAGGAAGGGCCCCCGAGCCCAAGGGCCGACUCGGAGGCCGAAACCAUCAUUCAGUCGGGCCGUGAGUCAUUGUCACCGGAGAAGAAGAGGAAACACAUUCGACACGAUCCGCAACGCCGACCGUUCGACGGCGUUGAUGGCAAUCAACCAAAGAAACCUCGAAUCAAUGGAGACCGAGUAGAUCGAGACAAUCGAGAUAAUCGAGACCGACCUUCUCGGUCGCCCCGUCCGUCUGAGAGAGCCGUCUCGCCGCCGUCGGUCGUCAAAGUCGAGAAGGUCGACGAUGUGCCCUCUGUCGCGCCCGACGUAUUGGAGGAAAGUCGUCGCAGUGGCACAGACAGGCCGCGGCCCUACCGAAAGAGGAGUUUUAGCGACAGCGUCGAGGAAAAGCGGGAGCGACGACGCGACUCGGCCACCUACGCGAACCUUAAACAUGUCAACAACCACCGUUUCUCACGACCGUCUCCCAGUGCUCGCUCGGUUUCUCCUACUCGCCAUUCUCACCAACGAUCCGUGUCCGGUUCUCACCUCCCAGCCAAGAAGAAAGCCCCUACACCCCUUCUCUCUGGUUUUCAACGGCAAGCCUCGGAAGACCGGCAGUCCACCUCUUCGUCUGCCAGCGGCUCCCCACUCCCUAGUGCUCAUUUGAGGAGGCUUGGGUCCGGGGUAGGCGCUUCGGCAUCGCCCGCGAAACAGAUUGGACCCAAAAAGCUCAAGGACAAGAGCGGCCGCACCCUUCUGGCCAGAGCUUGUGCGGAUGGAAAAUAUGAUCAAGUGGUCCAGCGUCAUGAAGAACGACCUGAAGAUUUAAAUGUCCCCGAUAAUGCCGGCAAUACCCCGUUGCAGAUCGCGUCUCUUAAUGGCGAAGCACCUAUUGUCGAGUUUCUGUUGAAGGCUGGUUGCGAAAUUGACACCCACAACAUCGACAAAGAUACACCCCUCAUUGAUGCGGUGGAGAAUGGGCAUAUAGAAGUGAUCAAGCUUCUGCUCGACGCAGGCGCCAAUCCUCGAACCUUGAAUGCCUCUGGAGAUGAACCCUAUGAAUUAGUCCCGUCUGAUUUGAAGGACGAAGAAUACGACGAGAUCCGGAAAGCCAUCGCUGAUGCCAAAGCCAGCUCCCGACCCAGCCGACGUUCAGAGGAGCAUACCAGGUUUGACGGUAAGACUUCUUUGUCGCGACGGGCAUCGGUGGCCAGCCCUUCACGGAGUCCCCCACCCCUAAGCGGCGCAGCGAGUCGCCGCAAGACUGGCCGAAGCGAAGCAACAAGAAACGAGUUCUUGUGGACACAAGCGACACCGGAGAAACUGCGCGAAUACGCGGCCAAGGGCGACGAGCAAGGUGUUGUUAGCGUUUUAAAUAUCUUGCAGAAAGCAGACAACGCAUCCUUGAUUGCUGCUGCCAAAGGUGGCCAUGAAGACGUGCUAUCUCUAAUGUACGCAAUGGGCGAUGCCGAUGCGGACCCGAAUCCGAUGAAGGGACAUGGUCAGAAAUCAGGAUACAACACGCCCAUGCUCGCUGCCAUUGGACGUGGUAAACCCGCCAUCAUUCAACUUAUCCUUAAUCAGCCUGGAUUCGAUCCUACCCGUCGCCUGUUUGAUGGCGCCACCUAUUUCGAGCUCUCUAAGGCCCGACAAGGCGAGAAUUGGGAGGAAGAACACGAGAUUUUGAAAUCUGCUUUCGAGAGGUAUGGAGGGUCUCGCAAAGCCAACAAAGACCUAUCCUCCCCCCGCCGUGCUCGCAAAGACAAGGACGACAAACAAUCUACACGCAGGGAAUCCUCUUCUCCUGUUCCUCGCCCGAAUAAAGCGAGCGACAGCCCCAACCGUCAGCGCGCACUGAAGGAUAUCGACACAUUGAAAGAGAAGCGGCGCGAGAAGGAAAAGGCCAAGGCUAUGAGUCGUCCAAAGGUGCCUCGAGAGAUUAACGACAACGCUCUUGCUAGUUCCGAUCACGAUUCAGGCCGCCCCGAAUCCGUGAAGCCUAAAAUACCAUCUGCAAGAAGAGGUAGUGAGUCCAGUGGUGUGGCUCGGCCUGACGAGAAUCGAAAGCGACGGCUCAUCGCUGGGCGCCGCCCUCAAGACCAGGAGCACGAGCGUGAGGGCGAAGGAAGAUCUAGCCUUUUCUCAUCCGAUUCUGGCCGCGAGGAAGGAUCCAAGUCCCGCAACGAUUCCGCACCCGACCCCGUGUCAUCCUUGAAACGCAUUCGUGCCGACACCUCCCCCGAAAGGUCUCGCUCGCGGGAUGGGGAUAGCGAUCGACUAUCACCUGAGUCACGGAAGAAGAAGCGGCGAGUCCUCCCCGACGAGAAGCCAUCAAUUAUUAUGAACGGCGGUCCUCGCAAGACCGAUGAUGCAGUGGAUGGUGAAAAAUCUCAUCGUCGACCUCAAGACGCAAGCUCGCGAAAUGCGGAAAGCACGACACGCAAGCCUAUUGAGAACUUUAAGAAAUCAACUCCUUCCCAACCGUCACCCGAUCAUGAUCCUACCAAGAAGAAUGAAGACGUCAAAUCGGAACCUCGCGAGGCCAAUACCAGCUGUGUUCCUGAAGCCCCAACUGAAGAGAAGCGAGCUGAGAUUGAGGCUGAGAAACGUCGCCAGGCAGAAGUGAAGAAGAUCGAGGAAGAACGCGUUGCGGAAGAGAAGCGAAUCGCAGAGGAAGCCGAGCGUGUUCGUCUCGCGAAGGAAGAAGAAGAACGAGCUGCCCGAGCUGCCCGAGCUGCCCGUGAAAAGGCUGAAGAGGACGAGCGCAAGCGCCAAGAAGCCGAACAACGAAAGGCCAAACAAGCCGAGGAGGAGAAAAUGAGGCGAAUUGAGCAGGAGCGUGCGCGCGUCAUGAAGAUGCGUCGCGAUCAAGAGGCCCAAGAAAAACGACGCCGUGAUGCUCUCCCCGGCCGCCUUCGUGUCUCCGCCAAGUUCGUGAGCACCAACGAUCCUCGUGCUCGGAGCUACACCUGGCUCAAGAACUUCAUGCCUCUCGUCACUGCGGUCACUCGCCAGUUCGACCCUACUUGUGCUGAAGAUGUUGCGGACGAGAAAUGGAUUCCCAACUACUUGGUUGCUCCCUUGCUGGCUACCAAUGACCUCCAAUUGUCUCAGUAUGCCAGCUGGGAGAAACGCAAAGCGACCCCAACUCAGCGCAACAAUCUCUGGCGGUGCACUCGCCGGAUGCUCGUAUAUACGGAUGACCCUAAACACCACAACGCAUCGUUCGGAGAUAUUAUGAAACUGGAUCAUGAAACGCGACCCAAGUACGAAGACAUGGAGCAUGUCUUCUGGAUCAGACUAUCUGAUUUCAUGGAUCUCGUCCCGCACAUCCCUCAUCUUAAUGGACUCGAGCUCGAAUUUCUGAGCAUGCACAUCGACCCAGAGCCCUCCACUGGAGCAAACCUUCAGACGAACGGUCACGAUCCUAGUGCUUUUGCUGAAACGAACGGUUCCGCCGUUCUUAAUGGUCACGGCUAUCCCCGGACCGCCGAAAAUCGAAAUCCACCAAAAUUUGCCCGUGCUCUAACCCAUCUAAUCUCCAUCACCAAAAAUACUCUUCGAGGAUCAUUCGACAUUCUUGAACAUAACAAUUACAACCAAAAUGUCGGACGGAGAAGAGACCAUGUCCAACCCCCCGUCGCUGCCGACGAGGUCGAGGUUUCCGCUGACGCUGGCUCCGGCCAGAUGUCCGUCCUCGACGCUCUGAAGGGUGUCCUGCGCAUCUCCCUGAUCCACGACGGUCUUGCCCGUGGUCUGCGCGAGGCUGCCAAGGCCCUCGACCGCCGCGAGGCCCACAUGUGUGUCCUCAACGAGGGCUGCGAGGAGGAGGCCUACAAGAAGCUCGUUGUCGCCCUGUGCUCCGAGCACAAGAUCCCCCUGAUCAAGGUCCCCGAUGGCAAGAUGCUCGGCGAGUGGGUCGGUCUCUGCACCCUUGACCGUGAGGGCAACGCCCGCAAGGUCGUUAACUGCUCUUGCGUUGUUGUUAAGGACUGGGGUGAGGAGUCCCAGGAGCGCUCCGUCCUCCUUAACUACUUCCAGACUGAGCAGUAG